AUGUUAGAAUAUUUGACAGGUCUAUUAAUACACUACUUGCAGGCAAUCAAGAAAUACUAUGGACGAAAAAUCGACGAAGAAGAAUCUGAUGAGGAAGGAGCUGCAAAGGCAAGGGAGAUUAGUGCCCAUCGAAAGGAAGCUGCUUUCUAUAAGAAAAUGCUGACCGACUGGGACGUGGCUCAGAGAUUGUUUAAACAAGAAAUGGAUGAAUUCAACAAGGCAGAGCAGGCGAGAAAAGGUAUCAGUAAGAAUAAUCUCAAGAAAGUCCUUGAAGAUUUUUCUGAACAACUCUGUCGAACUAUGGGUUGCCACGUUGUGAUGCUUGUUAGUCACAAAAAACAAGCAAAUCAGACAUUGAAUGUCACCUUACAUGAAUCUCAGCCUAGGAAUGUCAAAAAAAGCUUCUCUGUCAGCUCAGACAGUAUCAAAGAGUGGACUUCAACUGGGUUUGAGUUCUUUGCUGAGUGGGUGAAGGGCGAAUUUUACCCAACAGCUGAUCAAGACAAACAGGAAGAGGAGGAACAUGGAUUACCUGAACUCAUUUUGGACGAUGAAGGCUAUGCCCAACUUCCUUCUUGCGAUGGUAUCAGACUCAAGGAUCAACAAGAACUCAAGUUUUCACAGGCAGUAACCUGGCCGACUGGUCUAUGGCCCACGUAUAGGGAUGGCGGCCGGGAGGUUAUAAAUCUAAAGGUGGCAUGGGAAAACUGGCCAGCCUAUGUAAAACCCAUGCUGGCCAUGCCACCUUUAAAUUUAUAA